AUGGGACAACUCACAAAGGACCUCCCUCCUAGUCUGGACGACGUCGAGUAUGAUAUAUCGCUGCCUGGGUUAGACGACCUAGGUUUCCGUCCCGUUCAAGACGAAGAGGACCUUCGAGGAACGGCCGUCGCACUCCUCCUUAGCGAAGCAGUCCCAGAAUACGGGUUCCGAUCAGUCCCAGUAUUACCAGUCACUGAGCCUCAAUGGACCGAUCCAGCUGGCAGCAUGGAAGCGUUCGAGGAAUGGAUGCAUCCAUUCAAACGGGGCGGCCAGGCGUUUCGUAGCCGUGGUAGUGGCUGGCGUCUCGAUCCGAUAGGCCUGGGACCCGAAUGGGCUGAUGUUCAGGCAUCAUGCGACGGCGGAAGAGCAUUGCCACUCGACCCUUUUGAGCGCGAAACGGUGUGGAUUUUGCGAAACCUUACCACGAGGGAGUAUACGCGUGAAGACGACAAGAGCUUCGGAGAUCUCGAGCAUCGCCUUCUCUCCCGUAUAUGUUGGUCGACCGAGAUAGGCUCGCGGAGCUGGGUUGGGCCGAAGUCUUUGUAUAAUGGAGCAUGGGCCGGACACAGCUUCGACGUCGUUCCCCUCCAGGAUCGAGAGCUCGUAGAAGGACCGGAUGGGAAGGUCGUGAGGGUCUAUGGCUGGAAAGAUGUGACCGAUGCCAUCAGACGGGAGAUGGAUGAUAUUAUUAAUCGCGCACCUCAUUUGGUGUCUAAGUAUCUUGAGACAGGCAUCUGA